AUGUACGCGAAACUCGCCCUCGUCGCUUUCUUUGUCGCCGCUGCUUUAGCAGUACCAACACCUGGAGGAUUCGGCGGCGGACACAAGCACGUAACCAUCCACGUACCCUACAAGGUGCACACCAUCCACCACCACCACGUCUCCAAAGUCCACGUGCCAGUACAUGUCCCAGUGGUAAAAGAGGUGCCGGUGAUCAAGGAAGUGCCAAUCUUCAAGCACGUACCAGUCCCGGUAAUCCAGCACGUGCCGUACCCGGUGUACAAGAAGGAGAUCGUGGAGAAGGAGGUUAUAGUGCCUGUUCAUCAUCAUGAGGAGCACAUCUCUCACGGGUGGGAGGGCGAAUCGUUGUCGCAUGGCUGGAACUGA